GCAGCGAUUGGAACGAGUUGGAAAGGUGGGUGAGCUCGGCGUCGAGUUGGGUUUUUAGUUCCUGGAGGCGGGGGACGGGGAGGGAUGUGAUUUCGACUGCGAGGUAGAAUUAGCACAUUGCGCGAUGAUCUGAUACUUGAAUACCAUUACUUUGACCAGGCUGUGCACCUUGAGCUUGAGCCAUUUUGGUAACGCGUGGGCUGGUGCUGAGCUUCUUGGUGUUUGUGACGAUGUAAACUUUACAAGGGGCAGGUUUUGGCGGGGCGGGUGCUUGCUGCUCGUGUGGGGUACGAUAACGUGAGAGCGUGUCAAGCUCCCGAAUGAGCUACAUCCGUACAAUCCUUCACACCACAGUCUGAACUUCCAUGCCGAAGCCGGCCCCUGUCGUUCCUCGCCAUUGGAGCAGAAGGCCGGAUUUACGACCAACAAACUAUGCGCGCUUCCGGAUCCUGACGAAGACGGAAUACCUGGACAAGAAGAAGGAGCUCAGCAUACCUAAAUUCGACUCCGAUCAGCCCGCGCUCUUCAAAGAAGCCUUCCAGGAUAUACCUGCAAUCGGGAAGUGGUUUAAGAAGGAUGCCUUCCUGGACGUACCUUUGAAAAACAGGUUGGAUAAACAUAAGCCCAACACAUUCGGAUAUCCGCAAGAGCUGAACACAGCGUACCUCGAGCAGUACGGCGAUGCGAUCGUGCCAUUGGAGCUGACGCGCUCAUCUCCCGAAAACACCCUCGGAAAUGAAGCCUUUGAGCGCUUCGAGGCCCCUCUGGCUCUCCUAUUACAACACAUGAGUGCUGCGGAGGCGCAAGAAACGAGUUUGUACCUCGCGCAACACUCGCUAGCCGAUCUUCCAGCGCCGCUGCAAAAAGACCUACCUACGCCAUCGACAUUCCUAUCCCACCUCAACGCCCGCGGCGAUAUCUACGCAUCGAGUCUCUGGAUGGGCAGACCACCUACGCGCACCCCAUUACAUCGCGACCCGAACCCGAACCUCUUCGUACAACUGGCAGGCAAGAAAACGAUCAGGAUGAUGGCGCCUGAGGUGGGUCGUAUGGUGUUCGAGACUGUAAGGCAGCAGAUACAGGGGCCUGGUGGAGAUGCGAAAAUGAGGGGAGAGGAGAUGAUGCAAGGUGCGGAGAUGGAGGCUAUGGAAACGGCGGUUUGGAAUAAGGAUGAAGGUCGAGGUAUGGCUAGUGCGACGGGCUGGGAAACAACUUUGAGGAGUGGAGAUGCGCUGUAUAUCCCUAAUGGAUGGUGGCAUGCUGUUAGGGGUAUAGGAAAAGGCGCAAAUGCUUCGGCCAACUGGUGGUUCCGCUGAAUGAACUAUCAACGAAUCGCACGCCUUUCGA